GUCGCCACCACGUGGGGAGGGAAUUUGAAUCAGGCGCCACACGGAGGCCGGCACACGAGCGCGAGAAAGUGCCGGGACGCGUCGCGAGAAACUGAGAAGGAAAGAGAGAGAGAAAGAGAAAGAUAGGUAUUCUGAAGCGAACGAGAGUGUAAGAGAGACAAACCCAGAAAGAGAGAGAGAGAGAGAGAGAGAGAGAGAGAGAGAGAGAGAAAGAGAGAGAAGGACAUACAACGAGCUUAGCCAUCUCGAGCGCCGUGCGAUCAUUCGCACUCGCCGGCUUGCGUUUCCGUCGUACAGAUAAAGAACGGUCGUGUCUCUAUUCAACUUUUCUUGAAGAAUUCUACAUGAAAAACAAGAUUUAAAAAAAGAGAUAUAAAAAAAAAAUAUAUAUAUAUAUACAGACACAUAGAAAACGAGAGAAAUAUAUAUAUAUAUAUAUAUAUAUAUAUAUAUAUAUAUAUAUAUAUGUAAAGAAGGGAAGAAGAGAAAGAGACAGAAAGAGAGGAAGAAGAGGAGAGGGAUAGAGAAAAAUAAAGAAAGAAAGGAAGGCAAGAGUGACGAAAGAGAAGCCGUUGUCAGUGAGUGGCGAACCGUGGAACGGAUUGGACACGGACUAGGAGUCCUUCCGCGAGUCCUUGAACUUCAAUUCGCCGAUCGAUUCAAUCGUCCCAGAAAAGGUCGAGAAUCGAGGCUAAUCGGUGUACGUUAAGGACUAGGAAAGGUUGACCUCUCUUAUAGACAAGGUCCGACCUUGGAUAUUAGCGUCGCCACCGUCGCUUUUUCACUAUUCACCUUUUCUCAAUACUUCCAUUAUUACAUAUUAUUUUUUAUUUUAUCUUUCUCUCUUAUUUGUUUUUGGUAUUGGAUUUGCUGUGGUAUUGCCACAAUUGUCAUUCAUUUUUUUUUUUUAUAUCCUUCGAAACCCAAAGAUCGAGGUGUCAAAAAGAGAAAGAGAUAGAUAAUUAUUUCGCUGUGUAUUUGUGCGUGUGGUCCGAAGAAUAAGGAGAAGAAGAAGAAGAAGAAGAGGAGAGGUAAAAAGAGGCCUACGAGAUUAACCACCUGUCAUGCUGAUGGAAUGACUCAAUAUGUGGGCUAGAAUAUUGUUCCUGGUCUUUCUCGUUCUCCGGACGAUCCAUGGCCGAUCAGAUUUCUUUGGAGAGAAAAGAGAAACAGUUUAUGAUCUGCUCGUAACUACGGUAACGUCAACGGACGACCUCAAUUUUUAUAUUGACGAUGGCCUCGACGGAUUUCCGGCUUUUGGUUUCCGACCUGGAUCUGAAGUAAAACAACCCUAUAGACUCUAUCUUCCUGAGAAGUUGCCGGCCGAGUUUACUCUGUUGGCUAUUUUUAAACCGAUUUCCUUUAGGACUAGCUACCUCUUCGCAGUUCUCAAUCCCUUUGAAACUGUUGUGCAAUUGGGCAUUCGAAUUUCGGAUGGUCCAGGCUCUAAUCAGAAUAUUUCAUUGGUUUACACGAACUCCGAUGAGCAUUCCCAUUCGGAAGAAGUUGCCAAAUUCACCGUUCCAAAGUUGACGAAAAAAUGGUCCAAAAUCGUCAUCAAAGUGUCUAUCACCGAUGUUACCUUAUAUUUGAAUUGCCAUGAGAUGGCUAGGCAGAAGGUAACCAGAAUUCCUUUGGAAUUAGUUUUUGAUACUGCCAGUACGCUUUACAUGGCUCAAGCUGGACCACAUAUUCAGGAGAGAUACGAUGGUCUACUUCAAUCUUUGAAACUCUACUCUGGACAUCCACAGGAUCUGGUAAAGUGCACGGCUGACUUUGACUUUCUCUCAGACGGAGAAUUUGGAUCCGGAGAUCAGGAUGUCGAUACAUUCAGUGUUAUGGCAGAAAUUGACUUGGAUAAGAUCGAUCGAGAAUACGACGAAGAUAAAAACGAGGAAGGCAACCCACCGCCGUUCAUCACACCUCCACCUCCCAAUCCAGACUACAAAGGUCCGAAAGGUGAGAAAGGUGAAAAAGGAGAUAAGGGCGAAAGCGUUCGAGGACCACCAGGACCUCCUGGACCACCUGGACCUGGAUAUGAUCCAAAUGAUGAGGAUUGGCCAAUAAAAAUACCACACGGUCCAGCGGGUCCUAAAGGAGAACCAGGUGAAUGUACAUGUAAUGCAACGGCCUUGAUGACAUCCUUUACGAUGCCAAAAAUGAUCGAAGGACCGAAAGGUGAACCAGGUGUUCCUGGAAAGGAAGGAAAGCAAGGACAAAUGGGUCUAACUGGUGCAGCAGGACCACCCGGAGAAAGAGGAUUACAAGGUCCACCUGGACCAAAAGGUGACAAAGGAGAUAUAGGAAUACCUGGACCCGAAGGUCCUCAAGGACAAAAAGGUGAACCAGGCAGAGAUGGAAUACCGGGUGAAAAGGGAGCUCAAGGACCUCCUGGACCGCCGGGCAAGGGUGAAUUCUCUGGCUACGAUACCGAAGGUAUCACGAUGAGACCAGGUCUACCAGGACAGAAAGGUGAAUCAGGUACAGCAGGAAAUCCUGGUCCAAAAGGAGAAGCCGGAAUUCCGGGUGGAAAAGGCGUCAAGGGAGAACCUGGUCACAAGGGUGGAAAAGGAGAACACGGGAAGGAAGGUCCAAGAGGAAUACAAGGAUUCAAAGGAGAACCAGGUGCUCCAGGAGCGCCAGGACUUCCUGGUGCACCUGGAGAGAAUGGAAGACCAGCAGAAAAGGGUGACAAAGGUGAUGCUGGGCCCGAAGGGAAACCAGGUCCACCUGGUCCACCAGGAUCACCAGGGCCCAGUGGUCCAGGUGGUAUAAACGUUGGAGAUACAGGGUUAGAAGAGAGGGGUGAGAAGGGUGAAUCCGGACCACGUGGUUAUAAAGGCGAUCAAGGAACUAAAGGCGAAAAAGGAGAUAAAGGGGAGUCCGGACCAGCCGGUAUACCGGGUGUAAAUGGAAUUCAAGGACCGCAAGGAGAUAAAGGCGAACCCGGUAAGGACGGAGUUCCCGGAGCUUCUGGAAUUCCGGGUUUGAAAGGAGAAAGGGGUGAAAGGGGUCCUCCUGGUGUUACUGCCAUCGCCAAUUCCGGUGACUAUAUUACCAUCAAAGGAGAAAAAGGUGCAGAAGGUAAAAGAGGAAGAAGAGGUCGUCCUGGACCACCAGGUCCUGUUGGACCACCCGGAAAGCCAGGAGUAAUGGGAGAAAUUGGUCUACCAGGAUGGAUGGGCCGUCCUGGAACACCAGGAAUUCCAGGAAGUCCAGGCUCGGCUGGAUCGAAAGGAGAGAAAGGAGAACCAGGAGCACCAAGUUCUUAUGGAAUCCCAGUUGGUAGGAAAGGUGAAAAAGGAGAUGAUGGAAUGCCAGGAAUUCCAGGACAGCAUGGAAGAGACGGACAACGAGGACCACCAGGACCACCUGGUCCACCUGGCCCAUCUUCUCAAGGAAACUAUAUUGCUGUACCAGGACCUCCAGGUCCCCCAGGACCUCCAGGUCCACCUGGACUCUCUUUGAUAGGGCAAAAAGGCGAACCAGGAAUUGGUAGAAGUCAUAUUUUCGGAGAAAGAGAUUAUUAUGGAAUGAGACAAGGACCCAGAAGCAGUUUGGACGAAUUGAAGGCACUUCGUGAAUUAAAGCAGCUGAAAGAAUUAAAGGAACAUUUAGGUUCUGUUACCGCGGCUACUAGAGGUCCUUUGGAAAGUACAACAAAGAUUGUCCCAGGAGCAGUAACAUUUCAAAAUACGGAAGCUAUGACAAAGAUGUCGAGUGUCAGCCCAGUUGGAACUCUGGCAUAUAUCAUAGACGAACAAGCUUUGCUUGUAAGAGUUAACAAUGGAUGGCAAUAUAUAGCACUUGGCUCCCUUCUUCCAAUAACAACUCCUGCACCACCAACAACGGCACCACCUCCAGCAAAUCCACCUUUCGAAGCUUCAAACCUAAUAAAUCAAAUACCAGUGAAGGCGGACGGUACAGGAUGGUAUCCUCGAAUGUUAAGAAUGGCAGCACUAAACGAACCAUUUACCGGAGACAUGCAUGGUGUAAGAGGUGCAGAUUACGCUUGCUAUCGUCAAGCAAAGAGAGCAGGCUUGAGAGGUACUUUCCGUGCAUUCUUAAGCUCCAGAGUGCAAAACGUUGAUAGUAUCGUCAGACUUGGAGAUCGUGAUCUUCCAAUCGUUAAUAUCAAGGGUGACGUUCUUUUCAAUUCGUGGAAAGAAAUGUUCAAUGGCAAUGGAGCCUACUUUUCUCAAAACCCAAGAAUCUAUAGUUUCAAUGGGAAAAAUAUUCUAACAGACUUUGCCUGGCCGGAGAAAGUAGCAUGGCAUGGUUCGCACAAACUCGGAGAUAGAGCGAUGGACACUUAUUGCGAUGCCUGGCAUUCAAGCAGCUCUGAUCGUUAUGGAUUAGGAUCACCUCUAAUAGGAGGUCGGCUUUUGGAGCAAGUUCGUUACUCCUGCGAUAACAAGUUUGCCCUACUCUGCAUAGAAGUGACCAGCGAGGUCACGAGAAGACGAAGGAACAGCGAUGCUGUGGAAGAUGACGUAGAGAUGACAGAGAGCGAUUAUAAGAGACAUUUGGAAGCGUUAAUGAAAAAUUGAAGAUUCUCGUUAAACAUAAAUAUUUCCAAGCCGUUAUGUAAAUAGAAAUCGAGAUGUACCGACCGUAAAGAUUGUAUCAAACAAACUGUGAAUGAGAUAACUGUACUCGCAUUGAAACAAAAAAAAACAAAAAAAAAAAGAAAACCUCGAGUGACACAUAUACCAAAAACAAAAAUGUUUAGAAUGAAUGUGAAACAAAUCGCGAAAAGAAUGGAAACGGUCACGUUUCAUCUCGUUUCUCAUAUCCUGGAAUGCUACUAUCCUCUCUAUUUCCAAAGUUAUAACUCGUAAGCAAAGCCCUUAUUAUCGCUUCAAAGAAGUUUCCGUUUAUCCUCUUAAAAAGAAGACUGAUCGUCUAGACAUACUACGUUCGUCAACGUUUCAUAUCGAUCAUCAUACCGUAAUAUUAAUGAAAACGUCGAAUCGAGCGGAUAAGUUUUGAAAAAAAAAAAAAAAAAGAAAGAAAGAAAAAGGAAGAAAAUCUCAUAAACUUUCAGAAUCUCAGAGCAUUCUCUGUCUCUCGAAUUAUUUAAGCGUUCCCUUUAAAAAAUUAUCUACGUCCAGCGCUCAAUUUCCUUCUCUCUCUUUGCCUGAUGUCCUAAAAAGAGGAGAAAACUCUGAAUGGAAAAAUUUCUAAGGCACGCACGAUUGAUCACGAUUUGAUGUUUAGAUCGUAAAUUAUUGCUCUUUAAAAACCUAAGUAAAUCUAAACGGAGAUCAUAUCCGCGCAUCGAGACGCGUUUACAUUUUAGCCGAUACAUAUGAGUGUGUAUGUUAGAUGUAAGAGAAACAUCAAUUAAGAAUUCCAUAUGAUGAGUCGCUGUUCGUUUCAAGUGAAGA